AUGUCUUUCGCUCCAGGCUCACCCCGGCUACCAAGUCCGCCGCCGGUGGCAGAGAUCCCCAAGUCCCCGUUUGGCGGCGCGGCGGCCACUUUACACAUGUCCCAAGCAGAGCAGAGCUUGCUGGAUGCCAAUUCUAGGAGACGCAUACAUCCAGGCACCAAGGCGGCGGACAUGGCGGCCGGUCCGCCCCUGGUAGCCCUCAACGAGCUCGACUCAGCUUUUCAAUUACAGGAGCAUCUCGCUGCGCUUCACCACCACCACACGGAGAGCAAUGCGAAGCCCAUCGACCGUGACUCGGCGAUCCAGCUCGCCCAGCCGCCACCCGGCAUCGACAAGACAUUAUGGCUGUACGAGCUGUGUCGGUUCCUCAUCUCUCAAUGCAACAGCCUCAUCGUCGGCUUCCUGUUCGACUCCCCUCCCUGCAGCGCGAGCACGUGCCCUGAGAUGCGCGCAUCGGAGUGGCAGUUUCUCUGCGCCGUGCACGAACAGCCAAAGAGCUGCUGCGCCAUCGACUACUGCUGCCAUACCCUCGACUGGGCAGCCAACGUCGUGACGGAUCAGAAACUCUUCCCCAGCCGCUUCGUUGCGCUCACCGACGCGCACAGCAAGAAUAUGGGCGUAAAGAACCUCGUCAAUGUGUUUCGAAGGCUACACCGUAUCUUUGCUCACGCGUGGUUCCAGCACCGUAGUGUGUUCUGGUCGGUGGAAGGCCAGACGGGGCUGUACGUCCUUUUUAAGACAGUGUGCGACCUGUACGACCUCCUCCCCGCCGAGAAUUACAAGCUCCCACCGGAAGCUGAAGGCCUCGAGGCACCGCGAGCCGAGCUGGAGCUGGAGAAAUCUACACCGACGAUUAUGAAGCCACCUCACCAGCAGCAGCAGCAAUCAGAGCAUGAGCACGGGCCGUCGGAGAGCAGCGAUGGCGCUCACUCAAUUGGGCUGAUGGAAUCGGCGGAGGAGGAGGACACUGGCGGCAUUUCGCGCAAGAUUAGGGACAUGCAUCUCUCAGCCCCUGACACCCUGAGCGAAGAGCCCGAGACCGCGGAUGUGCCCAUGAUGGUGGAGGAUGCUGGGUCGCCUCGUACAGUAGCCAUGGGGGAGACGAUGCUCGACAAUGGCCAAGCCGCCGUUGAUGAUGGCGAUGCCACGUCAGAAGCUGAUCAAACAGUGGUCGACAUUGGCGUAGAAGAACAGGAGGACUCGAAGGAUGAGGAGGCGCCCGAAAAGGAGCCAGAAUCUGUGAAAGAUGGGAAGGCUGAGUAUGGGGAGACUGAGCAGUCUCAAGAGCAGCCCGAGACCACUAGCACAGCUGCUCCUAGUGAGGACAAGCUGGCGGAUGACGAGACUGACGCAAAGUCGACGGAUGAGUCCAAGAAAGAAUAG